AUAUAUAAAGAGAUGAUGGAGACAAUAACAACAUCUGGGAAUGCAUAUCUAAGUUCAUUAUUAUAGUUGUAUUAGUAUUUCUGGUGCGUCAUUGUAUGAAGAGCGAGUGAAAGCAGCGCGGUGUGAGCUCCGGGUCCAGGUCCAGUGUUGGUUAGCUCCAGCUCCGGGUCCAGGUCCAGUGUUUGUCCUGGACUCCAGUCCUGGUUUCCCGUCCUCCCGUCCCUGCUGGUCCGGACUGUGCUGUGCUGUGCUGUGCUGAGCUGUGCUGGAGGAGCAGACUGAGUUCAGAGAGCAGGCGGAGCUGAGCAGAGCAGGACCGGGACCUGGAGAGCCUGCGUGGUGUCUCCGUCUGGAGGGUUACAGAAGCCGGGUAGAGGACUAGAGGACUAGAGGACUAGAGGACUAGAGGACUAGAGGACUAGAGGAGGAGGCUCUGAAUCUCUGGAGGUGAAGGGGGUGCCGGCUGGCUGCUGGCGUCUCUGCGGGGGAGGAGCACACACAAUGGGGGGAGGACGCGCUGGCGUGGUGGGGGGGGGGUUCAGCUCCGUGUCCCGGACCCACAGAGGAGAGAGGAGCGCUGCUGGUGGGGGGGGGGGAUGAGUGUGUUUACUGAGAUGUUUGCACAUCUGGAUGAGUGUGUUUGUGAACGGUGGAUCUAACCCUCGGGGUGAGCAGAGGAUCAUUCUGAUAAUAUUCAUAUUCAUAAUAAUAAGAGAGUAGUGGGAGAUGUACCUGCUGGACAGCAGCUGCUCUGAGAGGAUGGACAGGGGGACGCCUCAGAGGAAGACCGUCUACCGGAUCUCCCUCACCCUGGUGAAGAGGGAGAGUCUGGAUGAUGAUGAUGUUGAUGAUGAUGCGGGGUCGGGCUCGGUGGAGGUGCAGCGCGGCGGCCUGCUGGAGCAGCUGAAGGAGGUGGAGGACGAGUCGGAGGACGUGGCGGCGUCUCACGGCUACAUGAGGACCUUCAGGACGUUCAGCACGGGCCAGCUGGAGCUGGGGAGGGUCAAACUGAGCAGGAAGCUGCGUCUGCAGAAGGAGCUGAAGGCCGCCAGUCCGGUGGAGGUGGAGGUGGUGGAGCACGCCAAAGAGGAUGGUAAAGAAGCUGCCGUGGAGAACGGCGGCGUGGAGAAGAAGAAGAAGCUCCUGAAGGCGAGGAGUGUGGAGGAGAAGAGCAACGGGAAGGCGUCCUCCCCUGAGACGCCUCCUCUGAAGCGCCCGCCGGGCCUCCUGAGACGCAGCUUCAGCUUCAGACACUGGACCGGCGGCGAGCUGCUGCGCCUGCGGGCGCUCUCCAAGGACAAACACCACAGCAGCUCCGGAUGCAUCAGCCGGGACGCCGCACCUGGCGGCGGCGAGAAGGAGGCUCCCGUCGAACCGCCACCGCCAACUCCCCGCCUCGACCCCACCAGACAGAAGAGCAGGACCCUGGAGGUCGGCGCCGUCCUCAACAAGACGGACUCCAUGUCCGAGCUGAGCCACUGGGAGCGGGCGCGAGGCGGCAAGAACCGCACGCUGGACAACAGCGACCUGCUGCGCAUGGCGUCCGACAAGGACGCCUCAGGGUUCCUGCUGAGGGGAGGCGGCGGGCGCUCCAGCGAGAGGCGGCUGGUUCGCUUCUUCAGCGGGAUCUUCUCCCGGAGGGACGAGGCCAGUCCGGUGGGGAGCCCCGGGACCAGCCGGUCCCUCCGGAGGAGCAGGAGGGCCGUUCUGACCCAGUCCAGCACCGAGAGCAUGAACGGAGGCAGCUCUGAAGAUGCGUUUGUGAACAGUCAGGAGUGGACGCUGAGUCGGACGGUACCAGAACUCAAAGUGGGCAUUGUGGGUAACCUGGCCAGCGGUAAGUCGGCGCUGGUCCACCGGUACCUGACGGGGACGUACGUCCAGGAGGAGUCACCUGAAGCUGACGUGGAUGCAGGCGGUCGCUUCAAGAAGGAGAUCGUGGUGGACGGUCAGAGUCACCUGCUGCUCAUCAGAGAUGAAGGAGGCCCCCCCGAGGCUCAGUUUGCGUUGUGGGUGGACGCUGUGAUCUUCGUCUUCAGUCUGGAGGAUGAGAUCAGCUUCCAGACCGUCUAUCACUACUUCAGCCGCCUCGCCAACUGCAGGAACGCCGCCGACCUGCCGCUGGUCCUGGUGGGCACGCAAGACGCCAUCAGCUCCGCCAACCCGAGAGUGAUCGAUGACAGCCGAGCCAGGAAACUGUCCAACGACCUCAAACGCUGCACCUACUACGAGACCUGCGCCACCUACGGCCUCAACGUGGAGCGCGUCUUCCAGGACGUCGCCCAGAAGAUCGUGGCCACCAGGAAGAAGCAGCAGCUGUCCAUCGGGCCGUGCAAGUCGCUGCCCAACUCGCCGAGUCACUCGUCUGUCUGCGCCACACAAGUGUCCGCCGUCCACAUCAGCCAGACGAGUAACGGCGGCGGCAGCCUGAGCGACUACUCGUCGUCGGUGCCGUCGACGCCCAGCACCAGCCAGAAGGAGCUCCGCAUCGACGUGCCGCAGACCACCAACACGCCCACGCCCGUCAGGAAGCAGUCCAAACGGCGCUCCAACCUCUUCACCUCGAGGAAGGCCAGCGAGCCGGAGAAGGACAAGAAGGGUCUGGAGUCUCGAGCCGACAGCAUCGGCAGCGGGCGAGCCAUCCCCAUCAAACAGGGCAUGCUGCUGAAGAGAAGCGGUAAAACCCUCAACAAGGAGUGGAAGAAGAAGUACGUGACGCUGUGUGACAACGGACUGCUCACCUACCACCCCAGCCUGCAUGACUACAUGCAGAACGUCCACGGUAAAGAGAUCGACCUGCUGAGGACCACGGUGAAGGUGCCGGGGAAGAGGCCGCCUCGCGCCGUGUCCACCUGUGCCGCCGUGCCGAGUCCCAAAACCAACGGCCUGACGAAGGACAUGAGCGGCCUGCAGCUGGGACAGACGCCAGGUUCGGUGACCAGCAGCUCGUCGGUGUCUCAGAUGGCGAGCGGCGUCAGCUUGGUGUCGUUCAACAGCCGCGGCGGCGGCGGUCCGGAGGGGAUGCACCAGCGCUCCUACUCCGUCUCCAGCGCCGACCAGUGGACCGACGCCACCGUCAUCGCCAACUCCGGAGUCAGCACAGAUACCGGUCUUGGGGACUCGGUCUGUUCCAGUCCCAGUAUCUCCAGUACCACCAGUCCCAAGAUGGAGCCGCCGCCGUCGCCGCACGCCAACCGUAAGAAGCACCGGAGGAAGAAGAGCACCAGUAACUUCAAAGCGGACGGCCUCUCUGGUACUGCGGAAGCCAAACGUAGAGCGUGGAAACUUAACCGUGUUGGUAGCCUUCGCAGCAUUUACUACGCCAACAGUCUGCACACCUCAGAAGAACAAGAGGAGAACUUUGAGUUCACCAUCGUGUCGCUGACGGGCCAGACGUGGCACUUCGAGGCCACGUCGUACGAGGAGCGCGACUCCUGGGUCCAGGUCAUCGAGAGCCAGAUCCUCGCCAGCCUGCAGUCCUGUGAGAGCAGCAAGAACAAGUCUCGUCUGACCAGCCAGACGGAGGCCAUGGCUCUACAGACCAUCAGGAGUCUCCGUGGUAACGGACGCUGCGCCGACUGUGAAGCACAGAACCCGGACUGGGCCAGUCUGAACCUGGGGGCCCUGAUCUGCAUCGAGUGCUCGGGAAUCCACAGAAACCUGGGAACCCACCUGUCCCGGGUCCGCUCCCUGGACCUGGACGAGUGGCCGCUGGAGCUCAUCAAGGUCAUGUCUGCCAUCGGCAACGAGCUCGCCAACGGCGUGUGGGAGGCCAACGCGCAGGGACGCCUGAAACCGGCGCCGGACGCCAGCAGGGAGGAGCGGGAGCGCUGGAUCCGGGCCAAGUACGAGCAGCGUCUGUUCGUGGCGUCGCUGCCGACCACCGACCUCUCUCUGGGCCAGCAGCUGCUGAGGGCCACCGCCGAGGAGGACCUCCGCGCCGUCGUCCUGCUGCUCGCCCACGGCUCCCGGCAGCAGGUGAACGAGACCUGCGGGGACGGGGACGGACGCAACGCGCUGCACCUCGCCAGCCGCAAGGGCAACGUGGUCGUCACGCAGCUGCUCAUCUGGUACGGCGUGGAUCUGAUGGCGAGGGACGCCCACGGCAACAGUGCGAUGGCGUACGCCCGGCAGGCCAGCAGUCAGGAGUGCGUGGACACGCUGGCUCAGUACGGCUGCCCCGACGAGCGCUACCCGCUCAUGGCCACGCCCAACCUGCCGCGCCGCAACACCAACCGCAACAACAGCUGCAGCAGCGCCGGGAGCGCCGCGCUCAUAUGACUCUAACAAACCCCGACUUGGGAGAGCUUUUAUUUUGGGAACCACUACCAUGCGUCGACUCGCCCACCUCACCUGACAACCGCCGCCGCCGCCGUUAAGACUGAUUAGAGACUGACGGCGGCUCGGCGCUGACGCUGCUUUGGAGAAGCAUGGUGGGAAAUGUGGACCGUCGUCGAGCUCAAAAAGACGUCGCCGGCUCAUCAGAGCUUUUUUGGGAAUUAAUCACGUGACUUCUGACAACCAAUGACGGCCAGUGUGACGCUGUAGUGACAUCAUACCUCAUCAUAAUCCAACACUACGAGUCCAAUCUGUCUCGCCAAAACAUAUCGGCGUCUCUGUGAACACGUAACGAAGAAAACUGUGAGACACCACGAAGGAAGCGAGAGUCUUCGUAGCAUGCCCAUCAUCAUCAUCAUCAUCAUCAUCAUCAUCAUCAUCAUCACGUUAUGACCUCCAGCGUCACUGUCUGACCUUUAUUUCAUGAACUCUGUGAACUCUCCGGCCUUUAUUUAGUUUCUUUUAUUAAUGUGAAAACUAUCUCGAUGUUUAAGAGGAAAAAAAACACUUAGAGGUAAAAACAGAAGAAGUGUGAUAGAUCGCAUGUCCUACGCACUUCCUGCUUUGUUCUCCUUUCAUUUAAGGCUUUCUCUUCCUGACUGUGUAUCCUGUAUCUUGAUGUGCGUCGCCGGACCAAUCGUUAAAGAGGAGGUCGUUUUCUGGAUGUAUAAAGUCAUUAAAUGUACAGAAGCUCUCACCAGGCUCAGGGACCCGGAGACUGUCCACCGGCAACACCCCCAACGUCCUCAAACCACAGUUAACGCCGUUCUCACUUCACUCCGUUCACAUUUAGAACAAGUCCAACUAAUUCAGAAAACUAUAACGUUACGUUACGUUACGUUACGUUACGUUACGUUACGUUACGUCACGUCAUCAAACAAUCUGCAGAUUACUUUCUCCAUUGACAUUAAGAUGACAUCCAGAUGUGGGAAGGUUUACAGUCAAAACUGAGUCCAGAUUUGGUUCGGUUUUGAGUCAAGAACGAGUACAAAAGUAAUCUUGUUUUGAGUGAAGACUGAGUCCAAAAGCGAUUCCAAAUGUGGUCUUGUUUUGACUCAAAACCAAGUCUGAAUUUAGGCAAGUUUGAGGUCAAGAUGUGGCUACGUUUUCAGUGUAGAACGAGUCCAAACGUGGUCUUGUUUUGAGUCAAGACUGAGUCCAAACGUGGUCUUGUUUUGAGUCAAGACUGAGUCCAAAUGUGGUCUUGUUUGAGUCAAGACUGAGUCCGGAUGUGGUCUUGUUUGAGUCAAGACUGAGUCUAAAUGUGGGCAAGUUUUGAAUCAAAAGCGAUUCCAAAUGUGGUCUUGUUUGAGUCAAGACUGAGUCCAGAUGUGGGCAAGUUUUGAAUCAAAAGCGAUUCCAAAUGUGGUCUUGUUUUGAGUCAAAACCGAGUCUGAAUUUAGACAAGUUUGAGGUCAAGACUGAGUCCAAACGUAGCCAAGUUUUGAGGUCCAGAUGUGGCCACGUUUUGAGUCAAGACUGAGUCCGAAUGCGGUCUUGUUUUCCGUCGAAAAAUUAGUCCAGAUUUGGUUAGGUUUUGAGUCAAGACCAAGUCCAAAUGUGGUCUUGUUUUAAGUCAAGACUGAGUCCAAAUUUAGACAAGUUUGCGGUCAAGUUUGGAGUCCAAAUAUGGUCCAGUUUUCAGUCAAAACGGAGUCCAGUUGUGGCCUUGUUUUGAGUUAAGAAUGAGUCCAAAAGUGGUCUUGUUUUCAUUUAAAACAAAACAAAUUCAUAAGAAAGAAAACUCUCCAUAACCAUAAAUAUAACGUUACGUAUAGUUUUUCUUUAUUAAACAAUCUGCAGAUUAGAUAGUUGGAUUCAGACUAUUUAUUUAUUGUAAAGAGAAAUGAGAGUUGUGAUUAUUUGUCUUUCUAUGUUGGAUUAAUCUGAACUGACUGAAUUGAGAACAUCUUAACCCCCGAAGCUGAUUUACAUCCCGGUGGAAUAACGUUUAAUUGAAACUGUCCUUGUGGUGAAUUUUAUUGUUUUAACGUGUAAAAAGUGGAAUAGAAAAAGGAAGCAGCUACACGGAGCGAAAAGGGAAUUCAUCUGCUUCUUCUUCUUCAGGUUUUUAAUUCAUAUAAUCUGCUGUCAGCUCAGACAAAUCAGUGAUUCCGUUACGUGAAUAUGAUACCAGUAACAUCGUGAUUCUGUUAAACUCUGUUAUGUUGCUUCAAUGAGCUCUCACCGAGUUCCCUCCAGUCCCGUCCAAUCAGACAGUCUCCCUGAUCUGCUCAGCGAAUCACUAAGAAGGGCUUCUUCUUCUUCUUCUUCUUCUUCUUCUUCUUCUUCUUCUUCUUCUUCUUCUUCUUCUUCUCUGGUCUCCUUGUUGUAAAUAAUCUCUCUCUCUCUGUCAACAGUGUAAAUUAGAGAACACAGGAAGUACUUACUGUACGCCGGGAUGUCGGGUUGCACAGUGGAAGUGAUUUAUUCUAAUGUGUGUUUCAGCAUGGACUGAAUAUGUUUGGGUUCGUCCAGGGCAGGAAGUGAAACUAUUGCAGGUAACGAGGCGUCUAAACCAGUAAACCGCUGGUUCCCAGAAGGCGUCUAAACCAGUAAACCGCUGGUUCCCAGAAGGCGUCUAAACCAGUAAACCAGUGGUUCCCAGUAGGAGUCUAAACCAGUAAACCAGUGGUUCCCAGAAGGCGUCUAAACCAGUAAACCAGUGGUUCCCAGAAGGUUUCUAAACCAGUAAACCGGUGGUUCCCAGUAGGUUUCUAAACCAGUAAACCGGUGGUUCCCAGAAGGUUUCUAAACCAGUAAACCAGUGGUUCCCAGAAGGUUUCUAAACCAGUAAACCGGUGGAUCCCAGAAGGUUUCUAAACCAGUAAACCGGUGGUUCCCAGAAGGUUUCUAAACCAGUAAACCGGUGGUUCCCAGUAGGUUUCUAAACCAGUAAACCGGUGGUUCCCAGAAGGUUUCUAAACCAGUACACCGGUGGUUCCCAGAAGGUUUCUAAACCAGUAAACCGGUGGUUCCCAGAAGGUUUCUAAACCAGUAAACCGGUGGUUCCCAGAAGGUUUCUAAACCAGUAAACCGGUGGUUCCCAGAAGGUUUCUAAACCAGUAAACCAGUGGUUCCCAGAAGGUUUCUAAACCAGUAAACCGGUGGAUCCCAGAAGGUUUCUAAACCAGUACACCGGUGGUUCCCAGAAGGUUUCUAAACCAACACACCGGUGGUUCCCAGUCCCAGGAAAUCUUUGCAGAACUACGAUUACAAUCUGAACGGUCACAAGACAGUUUACAGUGAAAUAUCCCCAAAAAACUUAAAUCUAGUCCGAGAUAAUUCAAAGUUUUGAGAACAAGUCAAGACCGAGUCCAAAUGUGGUCUUGUUUUGAGUCAAGGCUGAGUCCAGAUAUGGUUGAGUUUUGAGUCAAAACAGAGUCCAUAUUUGGUUCGGUUUUGAAUCAAGACUGAGUCCGAAUGUUGUAAAGUUUUGAGUCAAGACUGAGUCCAAAUGUGGUCUUGUUUCGAGUCAAGACUGAGUCCAAACGUGACUUUGUUUUGAGUCGAAACCGAAUCCAAAUCUGACCUUGUUUCGAGUCAAGACUGAGUCCAAAUGUGGUCUUGUUUUGAGUCAAGGCUGAGUCCAGAUGUGGUCUUGUUUCGAGUCAAGACUGAGUCCAAAUGUGGUCUUGUUUUGAGUCAAGACCAAGUCCAAAUGUGGUCUUGUUUUGAGUCAAGGCUGAGUCCAGAUGUGGUCUUGUUUCGAGUCAAGACUGAGUCCAAAUGUGGUCUUGUUUUGAGUCAAGACCAAGUCCAGAUGUGGUCUUGUUUUGAUUCAAGACCAAGUCCAAAUCUGGCCAUGUUUUAAGUUAAAAAGUUUGAGGUCAAGGUUUGAGUGAAAACUGAGUCCAGAUGUGGUCGAGUUUUGGACCAAGACCAAUGAAACCAAAACAGUUCUCAUUGGGUAUUAGCUUCAGCGAGUCACGAGCCAAAAAGACCGGGAACCACUGGUGUAAAGAUCCACUUUGAAUGAAUCACCAAGGUCACGGGUUCAUUUCAGGUGUUGUCACAUGUAGACAAAGUUGAAACCUUUCUCACCCAGGUGACGUAGAUUUGACGCUAACUGACCAGGAUUGUCGGGACGACGGCUCUUUAACCUGGACCUUUUGUUAGGGAUGAUUUGUACCUUCGACACUAUGCUGAGCGUCGGCUGCUCGUCUCUUUGCUCUCUUUACUGUUUCAAACUUUAAGGUCAAAGUUGCUGCAGAGGUUGAGGAGCAGCUCUCAACCCGACUGUGUAUCCAAGCAAUAUUCAUCAACACAUCCAUCACUGUCGCGUCGUAACGCCAUACGCAGACAUCGCUGCAAUAUCGCCAUCAAACCACCAACGCUCUGUUUGUAGAAACAAAGAGCUAAAAGAAACAUUUUCCUACGUACGCCUCUUUUUUUUUUUGUUUACACGCCUGCCUUUACGUUCCUGAUUUCGUCCAACCUUGUAUGUGCCAGUCAUCUCCAAGAUGGCGUCCCGUAAAUACUAAACCGAGAGGUUUGACCGCAACUUGUGUUUGAUUAUAUUUUAUGUUUUUAUAUCCGACUCGUCCUGCGGCGGGACGGGACAAAGACGUCCUUUUAUUUAUGACAGAAAUGCACUAAAUCUGAUUCAGUUCGUCUUUUCCACUACAGCUUUUUUUCUUAUACAACCUUGAACUGAUGUAUUUCUCGAAGCGGCGGUGGCGGCGGCGUCUCCAGGCGGUUUCCUUUAGACGAGUUUGUGCUCGUUUUAUAACGGCAUCUAAAUUCUGAGAAAUUCUAGUCCCGUGUAUUUAAAUCCACGUGAACAGAGAAAGCUCAGUAACAUCUGCUUUUAAGUGAUUGUACGCACCAGAAUAAUGUGCCGUGGGGUUAACGAUAAUGCUAACUGCUAGCUAGCAAUAGCAUGGCAGCAAUUUCUACUUCACUGCUUUAACUGCUACGUUAUCUGUGUCGCCGAUGCUAACUUCACUACUUUCCCCUUAUUUGAACGCGCUCUUUGGUAUCCUCAAAGCUAAAAAAUGUUUAGAGAGUAGAAGCAUCCUGUUAAGCUCCGGUUGCAUUUUGCAACCAGUUAGCUAAUCUCUGUAACCUCAUUUCCGCCAGUAAAAAAGAUCCUAUAACGACUUAGCAUCUCGAAAUACUAAUUGAGAUGCCAAGUAAUUAUUUUGAAGAAAUUUCUCGCCACAUUGUCGGACAACAACGCGGCACAGUAUAUAUUUGCUAGCGGCGUUUAACGCGGAUGUUUCAACCUUUACACUAUAAACAAGCGAAGCCGCCUGCUUGUUGAUAAAUCACGUCUGCAUUAGCGCUAAUACUUCGGCUCACCACCUCACCUGUACAUAGACGUCAAACUACAAAACAAAGAAAAAGAAUCGACUCGGUAAAGGUCAAUGUUUGGUUUGUCUGGUUGUGUUACCUCUUGUAAGCCCCGCCCACUUUAUUUAUAAACGAACGCACCCCCGUGAGGAAGACCCCGCCCCCUUCUGAAACCUGUUUUUGUAUAUUUUUCUCCGACCUCUGAAGUCCAUCCGGGUUUUAUUAUUAUGAUUUAUCAUCCAGACACAUUAUUGUUCUUGUUAUUCUAAUUAUUAUUAUUAUUAUUAUUAUUGUUAUUAUUGACUUUCUGUUGGCUGUACAGUACCGUUGUUGAAAAAUUCUACUUAAUACAGAGUCUUCUACUGUAAUGUGUCUCUUUUCAAUAAAGAUGAGAAUAAUGCUUCUUAAUAUAA